AACUAUAUUUCUGUCAACCAUCUGUCAAACAAACGCAAUGACCUGCCUCAAUAAAACCCCACAAUCGGGUCUUUCCACACCGAAUUACGACGAAAACGCCCCCCUACACCCUUUCGUGGCAUAAAAUACAGGACUCGAAGAUGCUCAAAUUCAGCUUCGUUUCUGGAGCCAAAAACGCCACAAACUACCCCGAGACACCCACAAAGCGAGAACUUUUCGAUUGUUCAGUGAACGUCCCGCCAUACCAGUGUUCAGCGUGCCCUUACAAAACUUAUUUUUUAACACGCUUUAAAAGCCACACACGGCGAAACUUAGUUGAAAAAAACUACAAAUGUGGCAAGUGCAGCUUUCACACAUAUUCACGGUACUUAGUUUUGCGGCACAACCUCUUCCAAUGCAAGAACAGCGAAAAUUUAAGACAGUUUGAAAAGGUUCAGUUCAAGUGUGAACACUGUCCCUUCAUAGCAGAGCGUCACGCCCGUCUACGGACGCACGUUUUGUUCAAACAUACUCCAAAUGAAAAUGUAGACUGGUUCGAGUGUGAUAAUUGUGAGAAGAAGUUUAAGACGAGAGGGGGCUUGCAGAGACACGUGGAAGUGGUCCACAAUAAAAGUGAAAACAUCCCGUUCUUGCAAUGUACACAAUGUAGCUUUAAAACCCGGAAUAAGUUCUACUUGAAGACACAUUCUUUGAUAAAACACACAUCAGAGACUGAAAUUACCUGGAUCAAGUGCGACUUUUGUCCAGCGAAAUUUAAAACGAAAGGGUAUUUACGGCACCACUUGAGUUACAAACAUCUAGAGUCCCCAAAAAUCUUCAAGUGUGAACACUGUGACUUCCAAACUAAUAUAAAAGGGAAUUUAAUGACGCAUAUUGGUAAUAAGCACGCACCGAAGGACAGCAUCGUUUGGACUUAUUGUGAAUUCUGUUCGGCGAAAUUUAAAAACAAAGAGUACCUGCGAAACCACAUAAACGUGCGACAUACCGAUCCUGAGAAGAUUUUGUGGUUUAGAUGCGAGUUUUGCAAGUAUAAGACGCCGUGGAAGACAAGUUUGGGGCGUCACGUUGUGGCAAAACAUUCAACUAACAAAGGUUCUUGGUUUAAAUGCAAGUAUUGUUUGUCGAAAUUUAAGGUCAAAAUUAAUUUGAGGAAUCACAUGAGGAAAAAACAUAACAAGCCGCCUUUGGUGGCUUGUGAUCAAUGUUCCUUUAAAACUGAGUUUAAUUCAAAACUCAGAGAUCAUAUUUUGAUGAAACAUACGCCAGUUGAUCAGAUUGAGUGGUUUGAGUGCGCGCUGUGUCCAAAGAAGUAUAAAAUAAAGAAGUUGUUGACUAUGCAUGUCAAAAAAAAACACCAUGAGAGCGAGGAAGUGGAGGAAGGUGUGAAAGAGGAAAAAAAGAGGAGCAGAAGCAAAACAAGAAGAAAUAACAAACGGUGAUUAUUUAAGUAAUUUAUAGCAAGCAAUAGAUUCGUUUUUUUUUUUCAAUAAAGAAUAAAAUCAGUUUCAUGGCAUACCUGAUGUCAAAUUCAAAUUUUGGGCAUAGUAACUGCCAUCUUCUCAUUGGCUGUGACUGUGAACUGACGUGCUAAUUCAGAAUUGCCAACCCAAGAAUUUGUUUGAGUCAUAGAUCUACAAUUUACUGUAUUUUGGAUUGCCUUGAUAACAUAUCUUAAUCUCAAA